AGAUGGCUGCAGAGCCCAGCACCGGGCAGUGGCUGCGGCGGCGGCGGGCGGGGAGCGCGGCGGGCGGGGGCUCCUCCUGGCGCUUGGGGCGCUGAGCCGAGAGGCGCGGAGGCAGCGAGGGCGCGUGGGGGGCUUAGGCGGCCGCUGGGCACCACCUUCCCGUUAGCCGCCGCACGAUGGGCAGCGCGGAGGACGCAGUCAAAGAGAAACUGCUGUGGAACGUGAAAAAGGAGGUGAAGCAAAUCAUGGAGGAGGCUGUCACCAGGAAGUUUGUGCAUGAAGAUAGCAGCCACAUCCUUACUCUAUGUGGUGCGGUGGAGGCUUGCCUCCUGCAUCAGCUGAGGCGCCGUGCCGCCGGCUUCCUGCGCAGUGACAAGAUGGCAGCCCUGUUCACCAAGGUGGGGAAAGCGUGCCCAGUGGCUGGGGAGGUUUGCCACAAGGUGCAGGAGCUGCAGCAGCAAGUAGAGGGCAGGAAACCCUUGGCGGGCAACCAGGAGACCCAGCAGAGACAGGGCUCUGCCAGUGGGAAGGCCCCAGCCCUCAGCCUGCAGGCCUUGAAACACAUAUGGGUACGCACAGCGCUCAUCGAGAAAGUGCUGGACAGGGUCGUGCAGUACCUGGUGGAGAACUGCAGCAAGUACUACGAGAAGGAGGCGUUACUGGCAGACCCUGUGUUUGGCCCCAUCUUGGCCUCUCUUCUAGUGGGACCCUGUGCCUUGGAGUACACCAAGCUCAAGACAGCUGAUCACUACUGGACCGACCCCUCGGCUGAUGAGCUGGUCCAGAGGCACCGUAUCCGGGGUCCCCCGAAUCGCCAGGACUCCCCUGCGAAGCGCCCAGCCCUAGGAAUCCGGAAGCGGCACUCAAGUGGCAGCGCAUCGGAGGACAGGCUAGCUGCCUGCGCCCGUGAGUACGUGGAAUCCCUGCACCAGAACUCGAGGACACGGCUGCUCUACGGCAAAAACAACGUGCUGGUACAGCCGAAGGGGGACGUGGAGGCUGUCCCUGGCUACCUCUCCCUGCACCAGUCUGCAGGCAGCCUGACUCUGAAGUGGACCCCCAACCAGCUCAUGAACGGGACUCUGGGGGAUUCCGAGCUGGAAAAGAGCGUUUACUGGGACUACGCCCUUGUUGUGCCCUUCAGUCAGAUUGUCUGCAUCCACUGCCACCAGCAAAAGAACGGCGGCACCCUCGUGCUGGUGAGCCAGGAUGGCAUCCAGAGGCCACCACUGCACUUCCCGCAGGGGGGCCACCUGCUGUCCUUCCUGUCCUGCCUGGAGAACGGGCUUCUGCCUCGAGGACAGCUGGAGCCCCCACUCUGGACCCAGCAGGGGAAGGGGAAGGUGUUCCCCAGGCUACGGAAGCGCAGCAGCAUGCGGUCCGUGGACGUGGAGGACGUGGGCUCGGGGCGGGCCACCGACUACGUGUUCCGGAUCAUUUACCCUGGCCACAGGCACGAGCACAUCACUAUUAACUACCACCACCUAGCGGCCAGCCGCGCGGCCUCGGUGGACGAUGAUGAGGAAGAGGAGGAUAGACUACACGCGAUGCUCUCAAUGAUCUGCUCGCGGAACCUCACAGCUCCCAAUCCGAUGAAAGAUGCUGGCGACAUGAUCGAGAUGCAGGGCUUUGGACCCAGCCUGCCAGCCUGGCACCUGGAGCCCCUGUGCAGCCAGGGCUCCUCCUGCCUCUCCUACUCCACGAGCAGCUCCCCAUACGUACCCCCCAGCCACUGCAGCUGUGUCCCCGACCGGUUGCCCCUCAGGCUGCUGUGUGAGAGCAUGAAGAGGCAGAUCGUGUCCCGGGCCUUCUAUGGCUGGCUGGCAUACUGCCGCCACCUGUCCACGGUGCGGACCCACCUGUCAGCGCUGGUGCAUCACAACAUCAUCCCACCCGCCCGGCCACCUGGGGCCUCGGGGGGCCUCACCAAGGACAUGUGGAGCAAGUAUCAAAAGAACGAAAAGAACUACAAGGAGCUGGAGCUGCUGCGGCAGGUUUACUCUGGCGGCGUGGAGCACGAGGUCCGCAAGGACGUCUGGCCGUUUCUGCUUGGCCACUACAAGUUUGGCAUGAGCAAGAAGGAGAUGGAACAGGUGGACACAGUGGUGGCAGCGAGGUACCAGCGGGUGUUGGCGGAGUGGAAGGCCUGCGAGGUGGUGGUGAGGCAGCGGGAGCGGGAGGCUCACCCAGCUACGCUCACCAAGUUCUCCUCAGGCAGCAGCAUCGACAGCCACGUGCAGCACCUCGUCCACCGAGACUCCACCAUCAGCAAUGACAGUGACACUUACGCUGGCCAUCGAGCGUCCAGGCCUCCGGUUCCCCUUCUUCCCUGCAGCAGCCACAGGAAGCGCUUCACACUUUUUCUCACCAGUGUGAGACCAGAUGGGGCUGGAGACGGUGUUUUCAUGUUUUCCUGGAGCCUGGUGUUUGUCUCUGUGGAUGACCUGGAGCCUCCAAGGCCCCUGGGCCCCGAAGAUCCCAGACCAGAGCCUGAGCAGGGGGCGGGGGCCGGGCCCACUGGCACCACCACGGUGGAGCAACAGUCGGUGGAGUUCGACUCUCCAGACUCAGGACUGCCUUCCUCCCGCAAUUACUCCGUGGCCUCGGGCAUCCAGUCGAGCAUAGAUGAGGGCCAGAGCAUGGGCUUUGAGGAGGAGAACGUAGGUGGGGAGGAAGGCUCUGACGGGCUGGUCCCUGCAGCCCAGGUCUCCAAGCCUCAGGACCCCAGCCAGGAGGCCUCGCGGGCCAGCGAGCUGGAGGCCGGGGAGGAGCUCGCCGCCGUGUGUGCUGCUGCCUACACUAUAGAAUUACUGGACACCGUGGCCUUAAAUUUGCACCGCAUAGACAAGGAUGUGCAGCGAUGUGACCGCAACUACUGGUACUUCACACCCCCCAACCUCGAGCGGCUCAGAGACAUCAUGUGCAGCUACGUGUGGGAGCACUUGGACGUGGGCUACGUGCAGGGCAUGUGUGACCUGCUGGCGCCCCUCCUGGUUGUCCUCGAUAAUGACCAGCUGGCCUACAGCUGUUUCAGCCACCUCAUGAAGAGGAUGAGCCAGAACUUCCCCAACGGGGGUGCCAUGGAUGCCCACUUUGCCAACAUGCGCUCCCUCAUCCAGAUCCUGGACUCAGAGCUGUUUGAACUGAUGCAUCAGAAUGGAGACUACACCCACUUCUACUUCUGUUACCGCUGGUUCCUGCUGGAUUUUAAGAGAGAGCUGCCGUAUGAGGAUGUGUUUGCUGUGUGGGAGGUGAUCUGGGCAGCCCGGCACAUCUCCUCGGAGCACUUUGUCCUGUUCAUCGCCCUGGCCCUGGUGGAGGCCUACCGAGAGAUCAUCCGUGACAACAACAUGGACUUCACUGACAUCAUCAAGUUCUUCAACGAGCGGGCUGAGCAUCACGACGCCCAGGAGAUCCUGCGGGUCGCCCGGGACCUCGUCCACAAGGUGCAGAUGCUCAUAGAGAACAAGUGAGGGCUGUGGCCAGGGGGCAGCAGCCCACCAGAGCCUGGGCUCCGGGCCCCUUUGGUCCCACAGAGGGAGGUGCAGGCGCGGCAGAGCCAAGACUGCCCCAGCCCCCAGCUGAGCCACCUGCCCAACCGUAUUCCUAACAAAGCGCUUGUGAGCCUGGGAUCGGACUCCGGGCAGUGCCGGCCCUUCAGGGCGAGUCAGGGGCCAGGAUGCCCUCAGGUCAGGACCGGGGAGGGAGGGGUCAGCCUCAGGGAAUGGCUGCCUUGGGGGACACUUACCCUGCUCCCCUCUCAAACACCUGGGGAUAGUCCCACUGCCACUGGCAGCCCCAGCCUGGACGGCUCCCCAUGGCCUCUCCUGCGGCCCUGGGCAGUUAGGAGGGCUGUAGUUGCCUGGACCCUACCUGGGUGGGUCAAGGGGACUCUGUGCUGUAUCUCUUCUGAGCGUCCCUCUGCAGGCCCAGUGCCUGUGCACGCACCAGCCCCAGUUAGAGCAGCCGGAAUGGCCGCCAGUUUGGGUGUGUGCCCUGGGUGCAGGAGACCUGGGCUGCAUUCCAGGCCCUCCCCUGAGACUGCGGGACAGCCCAACAACAUGGGCCCUGGGUGGGAGCAACCCACCUCAGCAGCACUGCCACUGCCUUUGGCCACCCGAGGCGACCCCGUGCACCAACCCCCCCCGGCCUAUGCAGUGCACCCAUGUGUAUCUGUCGUCUCACUCUUACCACCCUGCUCUUGCUUUAUGCAUUAGAUGCAUCCCCGAAAACUGUGUAUCAGUGAUCCUUUUGCCAGCAGAAUGACCUGGGAUGUGGCAGAAGCACUCGCUCUCCAGGCUGAUUCUUUAGGGAGGCAAUCCUGUCAUGGCCUCCUCUCAGGGACGGGCUCCAGAGGCUGGGGCAGCCCAUUGCCUAUCCCAGGCAUCUGCUGAGUCCCUGAGGUGGAGGGGAGGGUGCUUGGAUCUCCCCAGCUUGUCCUUGGUGAGAAGCAAGGCUAGCUCUUCCUUCCACAUGCUUCUCAGGAUGCCGAGGACGCUAGGGACCCACAAACCCCCUUAGAGGAGCCUCACUCAUGGAGGUGCUAGGAAGGGCCCAGCUCCUGACCCCAGGCCUAGUCACACUGCUUGCUCUGUCAUCCCCACUUCCCGUCUCAUCAAUACAUGCAGGAUAGGCCUUGUUCUGGGGCCAGGAGGCCACUCUGCCCCGGGGUUGGGCCUGCCCAGCUAUCACUAAGGUCUGGAGACUUCCUGCAUUUGAGAAACAUGAGAAAGGGCCCAGCCACCCCUCUGCAUCCAGCACAGUCUCCCCAGCCCAGCCCUGCCCCGGGCACUGCACCACCUGUUCGGAGGCCAGCCUGCCCCAUUGCCCACCCACCAGGUGAGUCCUUGGCCUCCACCAAGCACAGUGGCCAUUGUGUGCCUGCCUUAGUGACUCAGUGGUUUUUUGAGGAGCAGUGUGUGUAUGUUUUUUGGCUCAGAAACUAUACUCUUCAAUGUAACAGACCAAUAAACACAGCAUUUGGCAAUGCUUGAA